GUCACGGGCCGGGGGUGGUUGGCAGGGUAUAUAAGGGGGCGGCAUGGAAAGGAGGCUGCCAGUGGAUCGUUGGCAGUCGUCCAGGAAAGAAGGAAAGAAGGAAAGAAUGAAGUCGCUUGUAUAUUUCUCCCUCUUCCUCCUCUUUGCUAGAGGAGCGAGGGGGCAGUGUGACAACGUGGAACUGGGUAACAUGUGGCAGGGUAAUUAUCAGGCAACGUUUUCCGACGCGGCGCCCGUAGAUAUCGAUGGUCUCAAUAUGCAGAUGAGGUUCCAUGCUAACGUUGAUGGGGUUGAUUACUACGCCGGCCAGUCUGAACGCAUUGACAACUUCACCUACCUCCUCACGGACGUUAACACCCAUGUCAGCGCGGGGGAAACCAUCACCUUUGAUUUCCAAGUUCAUUUCUCCAACAACGCCCCGCUGGUGGUUGGGGAGAUCGUGAAUGGGGUGGAGAUCUGCAAUGAUGACUUCACCACCCCCGCCCCGAUGGACAACCCCUGCGCGGAGACAGGCACAACGCCCUACGACUACGGUCAGGUCCUGUGCAUGUCUUACGUGUUCUACGAGGCCCAGCGCUCCGGCCCGCUGCCCGCCGACAACCGCGUCACCUGGCGCGGCGACUCUGCCCUGGAGGACGGCUCCGAUGUGGGCCACGACCUCACCGGGGGGUACUACGACGCCGGUGACCACGUGAAGUUCGGGUUCCCAAUGGCCUUCACCACCACCAUGCUCGCCUGGGGCCUCGUGGACUUCAAGGAGGGGCAUGAAGCCGUGGGCCAGACUGACUUCGGACUCGCGGCUGUUAAGUGGGCAACCGACUACUUCAUCAAGGCUCACACGGCUACCGAGGAGUUCUACGGGCAGGUCGGGUCAGGCUCUAUUGACCACGCCUAUUGGGGAAGGCCUGAGGACAUGACAAUGGAAAGGCCUUCCUACAAGAUUGACUCAUCUGCUGGAGGGUCUGACCUGGCCGGAGAGACAGCCGCCGCCCUUGCCGCUGCCUCCAUCGCCUUCGCUGACUCGGAUGCAGCAUACUCCUCAGAGCUUCUCCAACAUGCUGCAGAGCUCUACGAAUUCGCUGAUUCUGUCCGGGAGCUGUACCAUAACUCUAUCACAGAUGCUGACGCCUUCUACCAUUCCUGGAGUGGCUACGGGGAUGAGCUCGCUUGGGCCGCCCUCUGGUUGGCGCGGGCGACUGGUGAUGAUAGCUAUCUGACAAAGGCUGAAGGUCACUGGGCAGAAUUCAGUUUGGGGUCCGCCGAGGUUGUGCAGUUCGCGUGGGAUGACAAACAUGCCGGCGUCUUUGCUCUCUUCUACCUCCUUACCGGUGACCAACAAUAUCUGGACCCCCUGACGACCUACCUGGACUGGGUUAAGAAUGGUGCCACGUACACACCUGAGGGUCUGGUUCACCUGGAUACAUGGGGCGCGAAUAGGCAUGCAGCUAACGUGGCCUUCCUCUCCUUGUGGGCCGCUAAGAAUGGACUGGACGCAUCCACAAACCGCGCAUGGGCUCAGGGACAAAUUGACCAGCUCCUAGGCGCUAACUCCAGGCACCAGCGCUCCUUUGUGGUGGGCUAUGGCGAGAACCCACCGGUCAGGCCCCACCACAGGUCCAGCUCCUGCCCCUUCCCCCCCACGGAUUGCUCGGGCGGACUCAACAAUGCUGGACCCAACCCUCACACCCUGUACGGGGCGCUGGUGGGCGGACCCUCGCAGAACGGUGACUACGAGGACAGGCGCGAUGACUAUAUCCACAACGAGGUGGCUUGCGACUACAACGCGGGGAUGACUGGCGCGCUGGCAGGCCUGGUGGAGCUCAGCUAGGGACUGUGAUGACCGAGUGAUGACUAAGAACACCUGCCCUAGUGGAGAUAAGCUAAAAUGAUGACUGUCCUAAUUGAUGGCAGCCCUAAAUGAUGACUUUCCGGAUAAUAAAUUCCCUGAUGAUGA